AUGCAUCUACAGCACCUUCCCUUUUUGGCCGCGAUAGCAGGCUGUGUUGUACAGCCUGUUGUUGCUAUGCCCCAGGCCCGGACACAGGAGGGGUCCGAGGGGACAUGUGAGAAGACGAAAGUUGCUAUUUUGGGAGCUGGUGUAGCUGGUAUCACUGCUGCUCAAGCCUUGAGCAAUGCUUCGGUGCAUGACUUUUUGAUUCUCGAAUACCGUGAUACUAUCGGUGGUCGGCAGUGGAAUAAGCCGUUUGGUAAAAAUAAAGACGGGAAUCCGUAUAUCAUUGAGAUGGGUGCCAAUUGGGUUCAAGGUAUUGGAAGCCCGGAUGGUCCGCAGAAUCCCAUCUGGCAUUUGGCUCGGAAAUCUGGACUGGUGACCGAGUACUCCAACUAUGAUAAUGUAACCUCUUAUAACAAGGACGGAGCUGCCGACUUCUCUGCUCUGUUCGACGCCUAUGAUGCAGCUUCCGAGAUUGCCACUCAGAUGGCAGGCAAGGCUCUUGCGCAGAAUAUUCAGGAUUCAACUGCCAAAACUGGCUUGGCUGUCGCUGGGUGGAAUCCCAAGUUCAAUGACAUGGAAGCACAGGCUGUGGACUGGUGGUCGUGGGACUUCGAGGCUGCUUAUUCCCCACACGAGAGCUCAUUUGUCUUUGGCUAUGCGGGCAGCAACCUGACCUUCAACUACUUCAGCGAUCACGAUGAGUUCGUCAUGGACCAGCGUGGGUUCAACAUCAUUCUCAAGGAUCUAGCCUCAACCUUCCUCGCCGAGAACGACCCCCGUCUCCACCUGAACACAGAAGUCACAAACAUCACCUACUCCGACCACGGCGUGACCAUACACAACAAAGACGGCAGCUGCGUAGAAGCCGACUACGCCAUCACCACCUUCUCACUAGGCGUCCUCCAACACGGAGCCGUAACCUUCCACCCGGAACUCCCACCCUGGAAACAAGAAGCCAUCCACAAGUUCGACAUGGGCACCUACACGAAGAUCUUCUUCCAAUUCAACGAGACCUUCUGGCCCUCCGAAACCCAAUACCACCUCUACGCCGACCCCACCACCCGCGGCUGGUACCCCAUCUGGCAAUCCCUUUCCACCCCAGACUUCCUCCCAGAAUCAAACAUCAUCUUCGUAACCCUGACGAACGAGUUCUCCCGCCGCGCAGAACUCCAGUCGGACGAACAGACGAAGCAAGAAGCACUGGCCGUCCUGCGCAAAAUGUUCCCGGACAAGACCAUCCCCGAACCAACCGCUUUCAUGUACCCGCGCUGGACCUCCGAGCCCUGGGCGCACGGAAGCUACUCGAACUGGCCGCCUUCGACGACGCUGGAGAUGCACGAGAACCUGCGUGCGAACACAGGCCGGCUCUGGUUUGCCGGUGAGGCUACCAGCCCAACGUUCUUUGGGUUCCUGCAUGGUGCGUACUAUGAGGGACUGGAUGCUGGCAGACAGAUUGCGGCGAUUAUGAAGCAUAAGUGUGUCAAUGCUAAGUCGCCGAAGUUGAGGGAGUGUGGGCCUCGUAAGCAUUAUGAGACGCUCCAUGGGACUACGUUCCAUUCGGAGUAUACUAUGCUUAAUGGGUGGGCUGUGGAUAGUUUUGUUGAUAAUAAUCCUGACGAGGAGGAAUAG